GCGUCAAAAUGGCUGCCACAUAUGAAAGCGGUGGGCUGGCAGCCUUUGACUACAGUUUCAUUGCAGAAGAUAUUGAUUGGGAUUCUGAAGUGGAAGGAGGUAAAACUGCAAAAGCUGCAUAUGGAGCGCUAUCGGAAGCUUUGCGCCGGGGUAUACCGGAGGAUAAAAUGUGUGCUUUGUUCUGUCGAGGAAAACAUUGCAAAUAUGAUCGAUCUGACUGCUGGAGUGAGGAGCAGAUGGAAAUCAAAGGAUUGUUUUCAAAUUGGAUAACAGAGAACAUACUUGCAAUGGCUCGACCGAGCACAGCACAAAUAACAGAGUUUAAAAUAAUUGACCAAUUUAAAGAUGCAGGCAUCAAAUCUGUGAUAAGUCUUCAGACGCCCGGUGAACAUGCUGCAUGUGGGAAGCUGGAAGAAGGUGGACUUGUUUACAACCCGCAGAUAUUCAUGGACAAUGAAAUAUUCUUCUACAACUUUGCAUGGCCGGACUAUGGAACAGGCAGCAUGAGAACUCUCCUGGACAUGGUGCGAGUCUUCCAGUUCGCCAUCUCCCAAGGAAAGGUGGCAGUUCACUGCCAUGCCGGAUUAGGGCGUACUGGGGUUCUCAUUGGCAGCUACCUUAUCUUCAAUAACCGCAUGACUGCUGACGAGGUGGUAAAUUAUAUCAGGACGAAAAGACCAAAGUCAAUCCAGACGAGCGGUCAGAUCGAAUGCCUGAAGCAGUUCACUGAACAUCUUACACCAUUUAGAGUGGUCUUCUCAUCAACCGAGGAAGCCUUCAAUGAUUUCACCCUCUCUCAACACCUCACCAGACAGAGAGGUGUACUUCAUGGUUAUGAAGCCAGGCGCUUGAAAUAUCUUCCAAAGGUAAUAUUCGUGUGUUGUGAACGGCUCCUGGAGUUGGCGCACAGCAGUCACAGCUCGGCUCUCCAUGACCAAACAGACACCAUAUCCUACCUGAAAGCAGCAGCUCCUCGUGCCUUCCCUGGUGGCAAUGUUGACGACUCGGUAUCCAUGGACUCGAGGCAGGCCUCGACAUUGUUGGAUGAUAGUUCAGAUAGUGACAAACAAGACUCUGAUAGUUUUGCUGGUGAUUUUACUGCCAAGCCAUCCCUUCUAUGGGUUGCCCAGGCAUUAGCAGCUACUGAUUACACAGAUGAGGUAAAGGAAACAGUGAAAAAAUACAAGUAUUUACUUAAUGGAGGUCACGGUAUAUGGAAGGAAUUCUCGGAGCUUUCAGAUCCACACGUUUUAUCAUCGAUACUGUGGGACUGGAUGGACCAUUUACUAGAACCAAUCAUUCGAACUCAAGAUCUGACAUGUAUUCUUCAACAUAUGGACCAGCCGGAGGAAGCAUUCCAAAGAUUAGAAAAGGGUGGCCACCACGUGACAGAAUAUCUGAUUCAAUUUAUCGCCAAACUUCAACCAAUCCCGGACGCGCUCGAAGACAUUCUCAUGCACCAUCUUAUCUCCGUCCUAACUCAUCACAACGUGUACCUUGACAACGAGAAAUUUCCACUGGAAAUAUCCCGCCACACGACAAGUCAUAGAUUCUUGAAAGGAGAGAGACUCCUGGGAAUCAUGAAGAUCUUUUACGCUAAUUUAGACGCAGCUGAUAAAAAAUAUCAGCUUGCAGCUGCAAAAAAGAGUCGGGAAGAGAGACAGGAACGAAGGCUGGGAUCCGAUUUGUCAACUGAUUCUGGGACUUCGGUUCAGCCGCCGUAACAGCUGGAGUUACAGACGACCUCAGUAGCUGUAGUUCAAGAGUUGAAACAGCUGUAGUUCAACAGCCAUAACUGCUGUAGCAACUGUUCAGUAGAUACAGAUGAACAGUUGCAUGUUAGCAGCUGGAACUUCUGUAGUUCGACAGGACUACAUGACUGUUCGCUGCUGUUAAUUCUGUAGUUCGCCAGUCAUAACAAUUGCAUGUGAGCAGCUGAAAAUUCUAUGGUUAGACAGUCUCGACAACUGCAUUUUGGCAGCCCUAACCACUGUUGUUUUAAUUGGUUGCUGUUCACUAGUCAUGGUCAUGGGUGCACUUCAGCAGCCUUAACUACUUUAGUCAUUUAGUGUGCUUCCUAAUCUAUGCUUCUUUUGCCAAUUGGUCAAAAUGCACUGGUCAGUAGAAACAGCAACAAACUGAGCUAUGGUCCACGUCAUGAUUUUUUGGGGGUUGGGGGGGUUGUCUAUGAGAAAAAUGUUCUCGGUAUAAUGUAUAUUGUCCCUAUGGGAUUUAAGAUGUUACAACAUUGACCAAUCUAUUGGCAGCAUUCGGUAUAUCCUGAUAUGCUGUGUGAGGUACACGUAGAUAUUGAGAAAGACACAUCCUAUUGACUGUUAAAAUGAAAUUGUCAUAAUUGUUAUGCCAAUUGGCGUUAUUGUUAAGGUUUCAGAAAGCAAAAUCUUUCCGUCCAUGGUUUACUUGCUGAUAUAGUUUUGACAAGGUCCAUGUUAUUUAAUGUCGAGAUUGUUAGACUUGAGACUUUUCUUGAAUGUGCUCUACAAUCUGCUAGAUACUUUUUGGUGUACCUUGGCAUGUAGGCUUAUAUCUCUUACCUUAGCUGACAGUGACUUCAUUAAGGAAGAGCAUUUGUUUCAAGUUGGGAUGAAUAACCCUUCUAAGCUGCCAUUUUAAACAAAAAAUCAGGUUGAAUUCGAUGAAAAAUGUUAGAAUAGUCUUUUUAGAAUAGUCUUCUUAGAAUUGUCUCUACAGUCUUUCUUUUAUCUGUUUUGGGUGUGUGUAAUUUAUUGAGGAGUUGACUUUGUGUGUAAAUGUAGUCAGCUUUAAUCCGCUAUUGAUGUCCUGAUGCUUUUAAACCUUGUAAAAUCUAUCCUAGAAAUAGUAUAUCAGGUGGAUUGGAUGACGAUGAUAAUGAUAGACAUAUCUGAAGCAAAAUGUCUUAAGCCCAUGCAAUCAUGUUUUUAGGGAGAAUGCUAAUAAA